GAGUGUAUGCUCGGGCUCAUACUGUAAAUGCAUUGAGGAGCCACUGACACGCUCCAUAUCUGUUUACGCGCAGCCGGAGUGACAUUUGGCACGUUGAUUCGCAGCUUUCACUCCUUAAAGUUUGACACCGCGGUGUCAGUCUGGAAAAAUUGAUUUUUAAUGCGAAUAUUAAAUGCAAUCGGAUCUGGCAAACCAGAACGACCGAGGACGCAACGAAAGUGCACAUUUUCCUUCAUGCAUUUUUAUUUUAUUUUAGUUCCGGUGCGCUGCACAGUCACAGAUAAGCGCUCUGUACUUUACGUACGCGGGAGGAUUUUGUUUUCUACUUGGGGACAAAAGCUGGAUUAACAGAUGAACUGCAAUGGCUAACUAACGUGGGACUGCUGCGUAGUGUCGGGUCCGUCGGAAAACUCUUGAGAUGAAGAUGCUGCUGUGCGGAUGCUGGAGGAGAUGUGUUGCCAUGAGUUUCAGACUGCUCUUCCUUCUUCCCGCAGGUCUUCCCGUCCGCAGUCAAGGAGAAUCCCAGUCCGAUAACAAACAGAUGGACAAUAUCACCGUCAGACAAGGGGAGACGGUCUUCCUCAGUUGCUCACAAGGGGACUUUGUGACACACACGGCGUGGCUGAACAGAUCGAGUAUACUGUACGCUGGAGAGGAUAAGUGGUCCGUGGACCCCCGGGUGAGUUUGGUGGUUCUGAACCAAGACGAGUUCACCAUCAAGAUCGAAGAUGUGGACUUGAUGGACGAGGGACAGUACAUUUGCGCAGUGCAGACGCGACGCAGACCUCGAACUACGUCUGUCCACGUCAUCGUUCAGGUUCCUCCAAAGAUUGUCAACUUGUCGAAGGACCUGGUGGUGAAUGAAGGCUCUAACGUUACUCUGAUGUGUCUGGCGAAUGGCAAACCAGAACCUGUCAUUAUGUGGAGAAUGUUAUCACCUUCAGAUGACAGUCUGAGCUCAGACACAGAGGUUCUGGAGAUUCCCUUUAUCACCAGACAGAGAGCGGGAACCUACGAGUGCACUGCCGCCAACGACAUCGCUGUGGACGUGCAGACGGUCGAGCUCACCGUCAACUACCCUCCCAGCGUUUCAGAAGGCAGGGAUGUUGGUACGACCCUGGGUCAGCGGGGCGUCCUGCUGUGUGAGGCAGAUGCUGUACCUAAGGCAGAUAUUGAGUGGUACAGGGAUGACAGGAGGAUCUUCAAUGACUUAGAUGGCAUUGAGAUUGAGGAUGCCGGAGCAAUUUCAAAGCUGACAUUCUUCAAUGUGUCCGAGAUAGACUACGGCAAUUACACUUGUGUUGCCAUCAACAAACUCGGCAGUGCCAACACAAGCAUCGUCCUGUAUGAAAUAAUUGAACCCACUAGUUCGACGCUAUUGCAAGGACCCGGAGCAGUUCAGGACGGCAACAGCGGCACAUCAACAGUGUUCACACCCGCUUGUCUACUUCUCAUCCUUCUCCUACAACUCCUGCUAAAGUUUUGAUGGUGAAGAGGCUUUCAUUGGAGGAAAUUUGCGUGACAUCACUUGUCAUUCACAUCUGGAGUCUCGAAUCGUGCAUGGGUUACCAAAAAUGCCCGCAGAGUGCAUGGGGUACCCAAGUACAUCCUUUUAAUAAAAAUAAUCAAGCUUUUUUAGGUCAUUCUAGAGUUUAAAACGUAACUGCUUCUUAUCACACUGUUUUUAGUGAAUACAAAACUGCAUUCUGUGGGGCAAAACAAAGUACAGAGAGGCAUGUCUGAUCUUAAAUAUUUCAUUUAUUUUUGUGAUUGUCAUUUUAAUUUGACUCCAUAACCCCUUAAGAACUCAUAGAAGGCCGUGUUGAUAGGAAAGUCAUUAUUUCCGCUCAAAGGCAUGAGAUAACAAGGGCAUACAUGUCUCUGUUUUUGAAUUGUCGCUAUCUUUAUUGUAUUAUAACUGUACAGUCGAAUCAAAAUAAGCAGCAAAGAGACACAAAAACACAGCUCUUUAAUGUUCACAUCAUGUGUGUUUUGUAUGUAAUAUACUUUGAGCUCUAUUUUAAUAUUUAACACACACAAAACUGAAAACAGGAUUUUGUGGUACAUAUCGGUUUGUUUGUUUUAUUUUACUGGGACUAUGCAGAACCAUAAAAACACUCACUGAAAUAAUACUUUAAACCAUGAAGAAAUAGAUGAUUUAGUAAGUUGGAAAAACAGGGCACUUGGUGCUUUUUCCAGGUGCAAAGUUAUCAGACCCAGCGAGAGUAUCCAAAGAAGUCCCCCCACACAGUCCUUCAUACCUUUUGAUUUUGAAGCAUUGCAUGGAGGUCUUUUAAAACUUUUUUUUUUUAUGUAGAUCCUACAUAAAAAUGAACAUUUGAGUUGGUACCAAGUUUUCAGGCAGAAAAAAUAAUCUUUUUGCAGUUUCUCAUUGUAGUUCCUGCUAACAUCUAUGUAUAUGCAUCUAUAACUUGUACAAAGGGAAAAUAUGCACCGUUGUUUUUACUACAAUUGUGAACCUGUUUAAUACAUUAUGAUGCAGCGUUUUAUAUUUUUGUUAUUCCCUGCUUCUGAAGCUGUGUAAUUUAUUUCUCUCGAGGGGUAUCAUGGGCUCUGGGUUAGGUAGAUACCAGAUGAAAUAUUACUGCAGUUACUUGUGAAAUCUGAUGUCUAAAUAUUGUGUUUUCGGAAUAAGACGAGGCUGAUCUGCCUGUCAUCAUCUCUUGACAUGAGCGUCCUAAUACAUCUGUAUUUCGACAGCGUGAUAUUGGAUUUGAAAAAUUUGUCAAACUUAUCACAAUGUAUGAGUUCACUUCAAGUGUUUUGUUGUAAAUUUUGAUGAGAUACGUGCCCACUUGUCUCUCUUUUUUCUUUGAAGAUCAUACAGAAAAUCAGUUUGUCAUAAGUGCUCUGGAUUUUAAGCACAAGUUGUAUGUAAGUGAAAAGGGUUUGUAAUGUCUGUGCAGUUUAAUGGGUCAAAGUUAUGGAUUCUUUCCCUGAUGUUGUAUCCUUUAGCAUUCCAGUCUAUUUUUUAUGGAUGUCGGGACCACAAAACAAAAAGUCUUUAUAUUCCAUAAAUGUCAAGCGAAAUCAUUCUGAUUUUAAUGUAUUAUCUAGAGCUCUAGAUCUAUAAAAAUGCACCAUAUUUUCUGUAACACAGGAACAAUGUUUUUCUGUGCGUGGCCAAUUUAUAUGUCAGACAAAAAGUGUCUUUAAUUCUUUAGACUUCUCCUCCCAACCUUUACAACAUCCAGCCUGGAGAGGUUCACCUUACUCUGCUUUUCUCUCAUGGUUCCCGGACGAGGAACAAAAUAAAAUGUAUUUUAACUCCUUGUAUUGUAAAAAAAAGAUCAUUACGACUUUGUUUUUUCUUUAAUGGAAAUGAUGUGUUCAUAUUUAAGACUUACAAUAAAAAAAAUGUUGUAUCUAAAUAGAAUGACUGCAGUCUAAUUGUAAUUCUUAAAGCACCCUGGUUAUACACAUUAUUAUAAAUUAUAUACAAAUAUAUUUUACACGCAUGCAUAAUUAGUUGUCAUCUCUCUGGCCUGCGUGAGCGGCCAUAUGGUCUUGAAAACUCAAGGUCAUCUGUAUAUAGCAGUAUAUCGCAGCUCCAUAUUUCGUGAUUAAAUCAUUAUAAUUAGUCACCCUUUGUUUGUCAC